AUGGCGACUAUGUCCCCGGCAGUGAAAGCGGAGGUGGCCGCAGUUCCGUUUAGGAAGAACCUCUCCGCGCAUGUCAUCUGCAGUGAAUGCAAGGAAGUGCCACCGAACCUGGAGUUCGACUCGCACCAGACAACCUGUGGCAGUUGCGGCCUGGUCCUUGGAGAUCGCGGAAUCGACAUGGGCUCUGAAUGGCGUACCUUCUCGAAUGACGACCAGAACUCGGAUGAUCCUUCUCGUGUCGGAGAUGCCAACAACCCGCUGCUGAACGGUGACCAGCUGGAGACCACGAUCGCCAGCGGCGCCACCGGCCGAUCCCGCGACCUUUAUCGCGCCCAGAACAAGCAGUCUAGCGACAAGCAGAACAAGGCUUUGAUGCAGGCUUACAAGGAGAUUGGCGCCAUGUGCGAGGGAUUCAAUAUCCAGAAGAACGUGGCCGACACCGCCAAGUACCUUUUCAAGACGGUUGACGAUGCCAAGGCCUUUAAGGGCAAGUCCCAGGAUGUCCUCAUCGCUGGUUGCAUUUUCAUCGCCUGCCGCAAGUGCAAGGUCCCUCGUUCGUUCUCUGAGAUCUUCGCCGUCACCAAGGUCAGCCGAAAGGAGAUUGGCCGGAUUUACAAGUCCCUGGAGAAGUUCUUCACCCAGAAUGACGAGGCCCGCAAGGCUGCUGUGGUGGCGAGUGGUGGUACCCCCGACAACGCGGUCUACGAGACGACCACCUCGACCAAGCCCAGUGACAUGUGCAACCGGUUCUGCAACCUGCUCCGUCUCGAGUACCCCCUCCCCCGCGUUUCCGUGCAGUUAUCGGAUCGAGUCACUGCCUCUGGGAUUUUGGCUGGUCGCUCGCCGCUGUCCAUUGUGGCAGCCUGUAUCUACAUGGCUUCCCACUUGAUGGGACAGGGCAAGAGCCCUAAGGAGAUCUCCCAGAUUGUCCACGUGAGCGACGGGACAAUCCGCGGCGCCUACAAGCACUUGUAUGCGGCACGGGAGCGCCUGAUCGACCCGUCCUGGAUCGAGAAGGACAAGGGUGACAUGAGCAAGCUGCCCGUAGCCUAA